CUCCAAUCUCACCACCAACUCAUAGACGUCGCCGCAUCACUCUUUCAUCGAUAGAACAGUCAAUAGCAGAUAUUUUCGAGUGCGGGAUUGUUUGAGAAAAACUUGUCGCUACCGCUUUAGCACACCAUGGACGAAACGGAGGAUUUAUCGGCAUACGUGCAACAACUGGAGCUUUUCCGCCGCAAUGAUUACACUCGUGAUCAGAUGAUCCAGGAUUUACUUGCUCGCCAUGGCCAGCUUCAGCAAGCUUACCGGGAAAAGUGCGAUGACUACAAUAAUGAGCGCGAAUCACGCCGAAUGUGGCAGACCAAAGCCAAUAAUCUGGGAAAGGACGUAGUGGCUCUUAACAAGGCAAAUGAAUCUAAUCCAUUCGUCUUUGUAAUAAUUGAUGGCGACGGUGCCAUCUUCCAGGAAUCUUUAUUGAAGAGGGGCGCAGAAGGAGGUGCCGAAGCCGGGUAUCUUUUGUCCACAGAGAUAAAGAAUUACGUUACCGAGGCCUACCCCGAGGCUGCCAGCGAAGAUUGGAACAUAAUCGUACAGGUGGUACUCAACAUGGACGGCCUUGCAAAGAAGCUGCACGCCUCCGGUAUCAUUCCUUUCACCACCUCAGAACGAACUCUCAUCGAGUUCGGACGCGGCUUUGGCCGCGCGCAGCCUCUAUUCAGCUUCAUCGACGUCGGCUCAGGCAAGGAGUCGGCCGACCACAAGAUUCGCGAGAUGCUGCGCGUCAUGGUCCGCAUCGGCCAGUGCAAGCAUAUCUUCUUCGGCCCCUGCCACGAUAACGGAUACCUCCCGGUCUUGGAGCCGUAUAAGCUAGACGAUAAGGUGGCUUCAAAGUUCACCCUCAUCGAGACGACCCCCGCCGAGGAGGGCUUUAAACAGCUCAAGUUCCACAGAAUUAUCUUUAACUCUGUCUUUAUGUCGGAAAAGCUUCCCGAAAGAUUCCAGCGACAGGCGAUGGGCAUGCCGAGCAUGCUUCCCCCUCCCGUCUCCUCCGCGCAGACCGCCACCAUCCCCGCCGCCGCUAAACCGCCCACCGGCCCGUACCACACCCACUCCAACUCCGCAAGCAACGGCGCCCCCGUUGAGCCGCCCCGGGUCACCAGCCCGCUUUCCAGCGGUUCGCAGACACCCGCGUCUAGUUGGUCUACCCUGACGCGGGUCUCGACGGCCCCCAAGCCCAUCGACAUCUUUACCACAAAGAAGGCGCCGCAGCCGAAAUACUACCUGAUGAACGCCGACAGCCAGCGCAUCGACGAGCCGCUACCGAAGGUUGACCCCAUGGUAGAGAAGAGGUUCAACGCGCGCAUGACGGAGACGGGCAAGAAGUUUUGCAACAAUUACCACCUACACGGGGAGUGCAAGAAUCCAGUCUGUUCCUACAUUCACGGCGAUAAGCUCAGCGCCAGCGAAAUGGUACUAUUGAAGCAAAAGUCUCGCGGUAUCCCCUGUAGCUUGGGUUCCGAAUGCGACGACGUAAACUGCACACUCGGCCACCACUGCAGAUGGCUCAAGGACUGCAACCACAGCUACUGCCGCUUCCAGGGCUACCACGACAUCAGCCCCAAACCGAGAGUCAAGUGCUUCGAGGAUGGCAGUAUGAAGAUUAUCGAUAAGCUCUAAGAUUAUUUACCGCUCAUCCAUCACUCACCUAAAGAAGAAAAGAGAAAAGACAAGAGGCCAGAACGGGUAUAGUAACCACUGGGGGUUAAAACUCAAGAGCCGGGAGGUCGGAUCUUGGUGCUUUGGGGCAUAAAAGAUUGAUGUCAGACGCAGGAGAGAAUGUGCCCGUCAAUCGAGGAUAUCACGAUCUGGGACGAUGAAAAUCAUAUAAAGGCAGCGGGGGUGUGAAGAUGGCCUCGCUCUUUGUUCACGUCAAGCAGCAUCCGCCGACGUAAAAAACCAUUAAAAAUCCAG